GUGACCCAUGCAAUGUCACCAUAACCUCGCGCUUUUUGUGUCAUAAAAGUCGCUUUCUUUAUCGUCGAUGAUAAAAGCAUGGACUAUGAAGCGCAUAUGGCGCAACUAUCCAAAGGCAAUACGCUCCCAAACUCACAUAGGACGAUGGAACCGACCGGGCCGUUCACACUAUCACAUCCUUUCCAAUCAGGACUAUUUCAAUCGGAACUCCAACAGUGUCUCUGGAAAGAAAAAAAAUAUCACCCAGUAUCUGUCAAAAGAUAAGACGCUGUUGUAUAAAUUCCAACGGCCGCGCAACUUUGCCACUGCAGCUAUUCCUUCUCUGCUUGUGCCACCUCUAAUCUUUGUCGGACUCCUGCUCGGUCUCUGGACAUGGAAAUGCUUCUGGAUCGUUGUCUUGCAAGACAAACUUCUAUACCUUUCAUGGUUACCGCCGCUUGCACGGUCCGAGAGGAUCGUGGACUACGCGGCUGAGUGUAAGCCGGUCCAAUGGACGGAGAAGCAGAUCCGGAGUCUCGAUGGGACUAAGCUAGCGGUAUGUGAAGGUCGCAUCCCAGUCCACAACCGUAGUGGUCGCACUGAAUCUGCGACCUUUGGAGGAAGUGACCCCCAAAGUACGAAGAUAAAGAAACGAAAGUCAGUCGUCAUAUGUUAUUUCCAGGGUAAUGGCGGUUCAACUCCCCUUCGGUUGCCGCUUCUUUCUCAAGUUCUGCGAACAAUUAAAGAAAAGUCGAAGUCUACGCCACUAUCUACGUCUCCGUCAGAUGGCACUGAAUUCAGCAUAGUGGCCUUAUCAUAUCGCGGUUACUGGACUUCUUCGGGUCGCGCAACGCAGUCUGGUAUUGAGCUUGACGCGCAAGCGUUCCUCAACUGGGUAUCGGAAACCUAUACUGCACCAGACACCGAUUUGGAGGUCAUCCUCUGGGGGCAUAGUCUCGGAUCAGCCAUUGCGAGUAGUGCUACUGCUACUUACCUCUCCCGUCACGAUGGCGACCAGUCAUCUGUAAAUGAGACGGGAGUCCCUCGCCCAGUACACAUCGCUGGACUGAUUCUCGAAGCACCGUCCUCCAGUAUCAAGGACAUGCUUAUAAGUCUAUACCCACAGAAAUGGCUCCCCUAUAGAUACCUGUGGCCCUUUUCGUGGAAUCACUGGAGCUGUACCACGGCAAUGGAGAGGAUUGCUCGCUGGCGGGACCAGAAUAAGGAGCAAAACGAUGCUAUCACCCAGGGGGAUAGGUCAGGAGCUCCGAUGCCGCCCAGGUCUGGGCACAGUUGUACAAGUUCCGAAUCCUUUCGCUCGCCUCCUCCCAUUCUCCUACUUUCUGCAGAGAGUGACGAGGUGAUCCCGCCACAUGUAGCAGAUGGAUUAGAAUCAGAUGGGGAAAGACUUGGACUAGAACUCGAGAGAAAGGAUGUGCGUGGGGCGUUGCAUACAGAGGCACCUGUCAAGGUGGAUGGUAGGGAGGCGUUGGUUAACUUCAUCUUUCGGUGUACCUUGCCAAGGGCGGAGGCAGCUUGACAGCUUGCUUGAUCGUAGCGCGUUCUUCACAUUCAAAACUAGAAGAAAAGAAAGAAACCAACCGAAAGGAAUACCGCGAUAAACGGUGUAUUAUGAAAAUAAAAUAGUUGCCUAUGUUUACUCAUAAGCUGCUGUGGGACUGUCCCGCGGUUGUUCCAUUUCGAAGUUGUAUUUUCUCUUCCAUAUUCAUUGAUCAUAUGACCAUGCUGGCAUAUCGCAUCAUUGAAGGGUUACUCCUCAACGCUUGGUAUAGC